UAUCUAAAUGUUUACAUUGAAUAUUGACAAAUUUGUAAAGAAUAUCCUGUUUGGUUUUGUUUUUUUUUUGUUAAUUGUGUAGCGAAAUUUGUGAAAUUGUGAUAGCAAAUUAAAUAUGAAGUGGUUUAAACAUUGGAUACGCCUAUGAAUGACAGUUUCGCCAUCCAGCAGCCAUAUUAUAUCACGUGAUUUGGAAACAAGCAGUGAUGCCUAAUUUCUCAACUAUACGAAAAACAUAGCGGCUGCGCAUUGCGCAUGCGCAGAGUUACAUGUGGUUGUGGUUACAUGUGGGUUACAUGUUAUUUACAUGAAGAGUUUUUGUUUGUGUUUGUAUUUUAUUAUUGUAAUAAUUGUAAUAUUGUAUCGCCCCCCCGGCGCCCAGUGACUUUUUUUUGCCUUUGUGUUCAUUGUUCAGUUUAUUUGCUUAUCUUAGUGUCCGCUAUGGAAUGUAACAUUGAAAUUAAGGAAGAUUCUGUUGAAUGCGGCCACAGCCAAAGUCGCAUAAUAGAGAAUCAGCUAUUCACAUCAACCGAUCUUGAGGACUUGAAGAAAGGACCAGCAACUAGGGCAGUAAAAGCUGAAAUUAAAGAAGAGUUUGUUCCCUAUCCAAGAUAUAUAGAGGAGCAGGUAUCCACCUCCCUUGAUCUGAGAGACUUAAAGAAUGAACCAGAUGAAGAUAACUCAGAUCGGGCGGUAAAAGUUGAAAUUAAGGAAGAUUUUGUUGAAGGUGAUCCAAGAUAUAUAGACAGCCAACUAUCUACCUCCCUUGAUCUGGAAGACUUGAAGGAUGAAGAUACCUCAGGCUUUCUUGAAGAGAAAAACAUAUCGGAAACUACGGAAUCAAUACUUGUACAUUCAUGUGAUAAAGAACAACCAACGGGCCAGCCUGUCGAAGAAAAACCAAAUUGUAAAAUUUGUUUUAAGCAAUUUUCCCAUAGAAGUUCAUUAAAGAGACACAUGAUAGUUCACAAAGGACAAAGGCCAUUGAAUAACCAUACCAGGGGUCACACUGACGAAAAACAUUACAAGUGUGAAAUUUGUUUAAGGCGGUUUAUUUAUUCAAUUAAUUUAAAAAAACAUAUGACAUCGCACACUGGGCAAAAACCUUCCCUAACAAACUACAAGUGCGGAAUUUGUUUUAAGCAGUUUUUCCAGAAAAAAUAUUUGAAAAAUCAUUUGAAGCGGCACACUGAAGAGCAACAACAUUACAAGUGUGAAAUCUGUUUUAAGGAGUUUACUUAUAAAACUUCAUUGAAUCGACAUAAGAAAGUUCACAUUGGCGAAAAACCUUACAAGUGCGAGAUUUGUUUUAUGCGGUUUAUUUAUAGAAGUCUUUUGGUUACACAUACCCAGGUUCACACUGGGGAAAAACCAUAUAAGUGCGAAAUUUGUUUUAAACAGUUUAGUCACGGAGGUCAUUUAAAAAGACAUUUGUUAGUACACACUAGAGAAAGACUUCACAAGUGUAAAAUUUGUUUUAAGCAGGUUAAGGGUGGUUUAAAAGCACAUAUGAGUUUGCAUACUGGGGAAAAACCUUUUAAGUGCAAAAUUUGUUUUAAACGAUUUACUCAUUUGAACAGUUUAAAAGGACAUAUGCGAUUGCACGGGCACGCUGAGGAAAAACCUCACAAGUGUGAAAUUUGUUUUAAACAGUUUGGUGGAGCAUUUAAUUUGAAAGUACAUUUGAGAGUGCACACUGGAGAAAAACCUCACAAGUGUGAAAUCUGUUUUAAGCAGUUUUAUAAAACAAGUAAUUUGAAAGUACAUUUGAGAGUGCAUACUGGAGAAAAACCUCACAAGUGUGAAAUUUGUUUUAAGCAGUUUUCUCAGGCUGGUUCUUUGAAAACACAUUUGAGAGUGCACACUGGAGAAAAACCCCACAAAAGUUUAGUGUAUCACACCAUUUGAAAGAUCAUUUAAAAUUGCAUACUGAUGAAAAACCUUACAGGUGCGAAAGGACCAGGCAACACUCCUUAUGGAAAAGUGGUCCCGGUCAAAUUUGAUGAAAGUUUGGUCAAUGAUACUUCUUGAUGUGUAGAUUAAAAAAGUCCAUGGCACCUGGGUCUGAAUAACUAGUAUUCUUGAGUUAGAGUCUUCUGAAGUUAUUGGAUUCGGGUGCUCGGUUUACGUUAAGUGCACUAAUUUACGGUAAAG